AUGUCUGUGCUGCGCACACUCCUGCUGCUGGCGAUUAGCGCCACCCUGGCGUUGGCACAACGUCGUCUGGCACUGCCCGAUCCUCGCAGUUGUGCGAAUCGGGUGCGUCAUGCCACCUAUCGGGACGCACGUGGUGUGGCCCAUUCCUACUUCUUUAGUUGGGAGCAUGCGCCGACACGCAGUCUGGAGGUGGAUUGGUUGGAUGCCCGCAACAUUUGCAGACGCCAUUGCAUGGACGCCGUGUCCCUGGAGACGCCGCAGGAAAACGACUUCGUGAAGCAGCGGAUUGCACGUGGAAAUGUGCGCUAUAUCUGGACAUCGGGUCGCAAGUGCAACUUCGCUGGCUGCGAUCGUCCCGAUCUGCAGCCGCCCAAUGAGAACGGCUGGUUCUGGUCGGGAUCUGGCGCCAAAAUUGGACCCACCUCGCAGCGCAACACCGGCGAUUGGUCUGCAACGGGCGGCUACAAUCAGCCACAGCCCGACAAUCGUGAGGCUGCCCAGGGCAACGAUGAGUCCUGCCUGUCCAUACUGAACAAUUUCUAUAACGAUGGCAUUAAGUGGCACGAUGUGGCCUGCCACCACAUCAAGCCCUUCGUCUGCGAGGAUUCGGAUGAGCUGCUGAACUUUGUGCGCUCACGAAAUCCCAAUGCGCGUCUGUAAGAUGGUGGCUUCUAAUUCUAAUUAAAUUUAAACAAACAAACAAACCAACACACACAAAACAAAAAUAUUUAUGUAGCAUUAAA